UGCGCUGCGGCAACAAGAAGUAAACGAUCGUGUCACAAAAUUGUGGUCUUUACGUGAAUAUUUUCGGAUUUUUUUUUCUGAUUAUAAUAUUUUACUGAUUUUCGUACGUUCUGACGAAAAUAUACUAGAUUCGUACAUAUACAUAUGUGGUGUUGAGUAGAUUGAAAAGCGUGUCAGUGUGCCUACAAAAUCGAGAUGCUUUUGAAGAAAUUGGCAAUAUGGCAAUUUGUGUUAGUUUUUGCCGCUUUUAUGCCCAAAUUAAUGGAGUGUAAAUCAUUUUUCGGCAUUGGUAUGCGUAUUCUGAACGAUGAAUUGUUAUUGAAAGAUGUACUGCAAGCACCGCCAGUCAGAAGUGAUGAGAAUCCGGUUGUUGGCUUUAACUAUGCCAUUCCACAGCCGAUAACUUAUAUUGAAAUAGUUUCAGAUCAAAAUGUUUUGGCUGAUGUUAACUUCAGUUAUCAAGAUGACUUGGUCAAGGGAAACAUAACUGCGAUUGAUGAUGACAACACAACGACUGAUAUCUUGGAACCAUUUCAAGUGGAAAUAUUAAUCUAUGGAUUCAAAGAGACUGUACUCAAUGUGGAUUCGUCUUAUAUAUUAAAUAGAGAUCAGCAAUUUCAAGGCAUACUUGAACCCACUAACGAUGAAUUCGAUGAAGAUUGGGAUGAAUUUGAAGGGGAGGACACAACUAAUACGAGUGAAGAGAUAGUGAUUGAUUCGGAAGAAGAUAUGGACUAUAAGGACAAUUUUGGUGAGCCAGAUAAAAUAAUCGAGUUGGGCGCGCGUCAAGCAGGUGAUUAUUUGCUUUAUGAAACCUACCAGACUUCGUUGAAGAACGAGGAGGAAGCUUCAACGCAUAACGUUACUUUCUACUAUAUUGAUAGUAAUUUCAUCACUUACGUACGCUUUAUAAUAUUUGAUCACACGGAGGAUAAUGAACCACCAGAGGUAGAAUACACACACUUUUCACCGAAUAGCCUCAAAGCUACCAUCACAGAUGCCAAUACCACAAAUCUGUUUGUACAGAUGCUGAUGUAUGGUUAUACGAAAGAAGAUCUUCCAUUUGACUAUGAACCAUUUUUGACGAGCAGACUUAAUAUACCCACCGAAUCGCCAUUGGAACGCUUGAAAGCGCUAAUGAAUUCAAAAAUAAGGAAAACUUUCGACGAUCCAGAGGAGAUAAACUUCGAAACAGGCGAAAAAAGUUCGUUGCUAAAUAAUAGUAGCACAACUGAUGCGUCAACCAGAAAUUAUUUGAAUGAAUAUACAGUAUUUAACAUAUUUAUAAUUUAUUUAUUAACAAAUUUCAAUUUGUUCAUUUAAACAGGUGGUCACUGAAAUCAAAUGUACUUAUACAAAUUAACUUAUUAACAUUUAUUGUGUUUAUAUAUAUAAAAAAA